AUGUCCAACCCCGGCGCCAGUCAGCAGACGAAGUUUCGCUUGAACCCGAAGCCCACAUAUAGUGAGCGCAUGUCGGAGACAAGAGGCGAAAUCAGGCGCAUCAUGAAGGAGGCCCUUCGCCAAAUCACGGGCGAUGAGGUCGCCACCAUGCACUGGCCCACGUAUUGGAAGGACGUCGUCGCUCGAUACCAUGUCAUCAUCGAGGGUUGGCCGGGAGAUGUUCCAUUCCGGAAUCUCAGUGACGUCUCCAACCUCGGUAAACUCGAGCAACUCCUGCGUGGAUGGCAGAACGGAGACAUUUAUUUUCGCCGCAUCUCAGACGCAGAAUUCGCGGUACUAAACGCACAACGUGAAGCCGGAGGAUCUGCGGAUUAG